GGGCGCGUGAUGUGUUCACUCGACGUCGGCGUAGAUGUGUUUGAUGAAUUUCUUCUUGUCCUCGGUCAGCUCAUAGCCGUAAGGGCACCUGUAGACUUUGGCAGUGUACUUGUCGGCGUAGCACUUGUUCUUAUCGGCAGUGAACGAGUAGCCGUCUGAGCACUUGUAGCCGACAUCAUGGUACCGGUGGUCGAUGCACUUGUGGGCGGCAUCGUCCAGCUGUGCCGUACUUGCAGUGGGGCGUCUUGGGCGCAGUCGUACUUGACACACGAGCAGUCAUGGGCCUCCUUGGUGCCCUGCACCACACACAACACACGGACAUACAUCAGCAGCACGAUCAUUCUGUGUGUGUGCGUCGACUCGCUCACCUUUGGGCAGUAGUAGAUCAGUUCACCGUACUCGUGUUUGAUGCACUUGUGGCUGUCGUCAUCGAAUGUGUAGCCGUGGGGGCACUCAUAGUGCACUGGCUCCUUCUUGUGACACACACCAUGGUCAGGCUGAUAGCCAAUGCCAUGGCCGUAGAGAUGAGAGCUGGUCCGCUGGGAGGCCGCCAAGGGCAUCAGCAGGGCCGCCACACACAGCACCAGACGACAGGCGGCAAGUCGGGCCAUUGGAAUGGAUUGGUCGGUUGCAGCCAUCACACGAGGUCUGCUGGAGCUGCUACUGUCCUCAAAAGGGCUGCAGAAGCCCAAAACAGAGACAAAGAUCUCUCUGGAUCGAUCCGAGGAAGAGA